AUGAAUAAAAAAAGACACUUUCUGGAACCACCGGAGGUCAAAGACUACCUGGUGAAGGGUGAAAGAUUCACCAAGUGGUCUGAGGUGAGUGGAUACUCAGGGAAAUCAAUCUCUUUCAAAAUGGUACAUGUGGAGAUCAAUCUCUGCAGCUCAAACUGCAAUCUUUGAUCCUAAAAUCAUAGUAGCUUAUUUCAAAUUUGUAACUUUAAUUCAUGUUGAUGUCUGGCAGCUUUGUUUUACAGGUUUAAACUCAACAAAUGUGAAAAUGUGUUUUUUUUUUUCCUGCUCCAUCCAGGACUCUACAAAAACUCAUCCAGUCACAAUGAAGAUGGAUCCCAAAGGUUUUUAUGUGUAUUGGAUCAACCAAAGCAAGGUAAUCAAUACCCAGAGUAUGAAUGUCAUAGAUGUGGAGAGAUGUUGACUCCAGUUCAGUGGCUCACAGAAGUAUAACCGCCUUUUUCUACAUCAGACAAACACAACCUGACAGCAUAUCAAACAGAGGUAGAGGUGUUUUAGUGACUCAGAUCUAGAGUGUGUGUAGAGUGCAGGAGAUGAGGCUCUGCCAAAGCUGUGGGAUCGCUCAGAGCUGAUAUCACACCUUCCGGUCCCAGCAGCUUGUGGAGAUUAUCGAUUGCUGCUGAUGUGGGCUCACCAUCCUGCUGCAGCGUGCAACUGAACUGUGAUGAUACACUGUGCAGAGAAGACUAUCAUUGUGUGCUUCAUCUCUCUCCCUCUCACUCAUCGAAGCACCUUUUGCUUUCCAGAACAUCAUAAAACCAGUACAUCAAAUGUUUUCCUCAUGUGUCUGGGCUCAGUCAUUGCCAACUUUAAAGUGUUGGUGUGAAUUUUAGAUGGAAAAGCAUCACAGAAGUUUCCUACAUGAAUACUACUCGGAGAUGCUUUCAAAGAUUUGCAACACAAAGAGAGUAAAUCCUGUAGUUUUUUUGCACUUUGCCAAAGGAUGACUUGUAUCUGGAUCCAUAUUUGGAUGAGUGCCUACAUGUUGAAAUCAGUAACAGAAAUGAAUCUGUGCUUCUUGUUUCUAGGAGACAACGUUCCUGGAUGUUGCUACUAUCAGAGACACCAGAACAGGAAAAUAUGCAAAACUUCCAAAAGUGAGUAAAGAAUCAUUACUAAAUAUAAUGACCCUCUUUCUGAACAAAUGAGGUUCUACUGGUUUGUUUUCUCAUGAAUCUCGGCAUGCAAACUUGCUUUCUUUGCCCAUCAGCAUGACAGGUAGUAGAUUUGCAAUGCAAAGAGACCAAUGGACACAUCCAUCAGACUGCUCCCCUACCACACAAAGACAAACACACAAACAAACACUCACUCUGUACUACAUACUGAGCCAGAAUCUAAGAUUUCUGCGUGCAAGCGAGUGUGCUUGUUUUCUUUGAGUCUGGCUCAAAGAAAACAAGCACACUCGCCCCCCUCUUUGCUUCCUCACUGGCCUCCACGGAAGUUACAGUAUGUAGCCACCGUCAUCCCUCACUGAGGGUUCAGAGGUCCAAUCUGAAACUUGUUCCCCGCAGGGAGGGCACAGAGCGCAGCAUCAUCCCAGCUGGAGUACAUCCUCCUUAGGGGUUCUGAGGAGUUUUGGGAAAGCAGCAAAGAAAGGAGCACUGAAGUGAUUGAUUGUAGAAGAGGUCAUAUGAAAAGUGGGUACCUGGAGCAGUGGUCUUCUGGCUGCAGUGAUGUACAUGUUUGUGUGUACGUGCGCAUUUGUUUGCAUGUCUUAGCCAGCUAAUUUGCCUAUGUUUGAACAAGCAUACAGAGAACAACUACUGCAGACUUAAAUCUACUUCUUCAGUAAAGGAUAAUAACGAGAAGCCAACAGUCUGUUUUUCAUUAAAUGAGGCUGAAGUCUUAAGACUGAACCUUAUUUUGGAGAGUCAUCUGCAAGAGUGCAACAUUUACACCGUUACAGCAAAUACAGCCCUUACAUUUUACCACCAAGCUUACCUAACAUCCAGUUUUCACAAAAUAAAAAAAGCCCAGACAGAAAAUGAACAGGUAUAAUCUUUAAAGAACUUUUCAGUAAAAGAUGAUUGAACUUAAAACAAUCAGCCCUAACAUUUAUAGGGCUCUUUUUGUGGCGUUUCAACAAUUUAGACAACAUAAAUUUAAAGGUUUUUUCUUGGAAUGUUCAAACUCUAGAGACUUACAUCUCUAAAGAAUGGUGUCAAAGUGUAGAUCUUAUUGGAUUUGGUGGGUUUUUUUAAUCAAAGGAUAAAUAUAAAAGGAACAAUACCAAAAACCAUAGGUCAAAAACCAGAGCAAAGAUCUGCCGACAAAAAGAGAUGGCCUUUAUAGAAGCUGCAGAAACUGUGCAGUGAUGAAAGAGAUGGCAAUAGCUUGUAAUAAAGGGUAACACACAAUGGUAUAUUCAGCUUCUGUAUGCACUACAGAGAAGAGACCAAUAUGGUUUAAUUGAGGUGAAAAAAGAUGUUUUCUUUACUGAAUAGAAAAAAUAAGAAUUGAUUCAUAAAAAGGAAACAAACUUAGAGGUAUUGUGUUGUGUUGACAAAAACAGUAUGGUCACUGGUUGUUGUUUUUUUCUGCUUUUGCGUGAUAUGGAGGCCUUAGUUACAACAUUACACGUUCAAUAAAAACUCCUCCGAAGAAAAUGACAAGAUAUUUUUGGGGUCGGCAUUCCAUUAAACCCCUUCUCUCUUUUCUGCAGCACCCCAAAGUCCGUAAUGUUUUUAACCUGGACUUCCCAGACAGCAACCACCUCGCCAAAACGCUCACCAUUGUCUCAGGUCUAGACACGGUGAACCUCACCUAUCACAACUUCUUUGCCUCAAAGGAGAAAAUCACACAGGUAAUAAUACAGUGAUUUUCCAUUACAUUUACAACACUGUGUGUGUAUGUUUGUGUGUGGAUCCAGGUCCCCUCUUGGCAAUUAAAUAAAUAAAUAAAAUAAAAGUCACGUUUCAAGUAACAUUACGGUAAAAGACCUUCAAAGGAAGCCCACACUGCCUCCUUGGUCAGUGUGGGCUGAUAGUCCACUGUUGGUGAGGUAAGCGUGUGUGUGUGUGUGUGUGUGUGUGUGUGUGUGUGUGUCCCUAUCUGUUUACAGUCGUCUCUCUUUCUGCCACUGAUUCUGUCUGAUUGUCCAACCACAGCCACAGGCUAUUAGCCAUUAUACAAAGAGAGGGCCAUCCAAACCAGGCGCCCCCUCCCCCCUCCCUUUUAGUCCUUAUUAGACUUUAUGACUCCAAUAUCCGGAUUAAAUCAGUUGUAAUGACAUCACUGCUGUGUUUUGUACAAAUGCAAUAUGCACAGCUCUCAUGUCCUGAGGUGCUUUUAUAUUAACGCCCUCUAGUGGUAGGUUUAUUUCUAUUUAACAUUUAAAAUAAAGUCAUUAAUAAACAUUUAAGCACAAUUUAAAUGUAAAUUUAAAGAUUUGUUGCUCUUUCUCUAAUUCCAUGCACCAUCAGAACUGGGCCAAUGACGUACUUGCAAUUGCCUACAAUGCUGCAAGAAACAACUCCUGCAGACAAGUCUUUCUGGAGAAGAUGUGAGUGAGCAUGAUUAUUAAGGGUUGUAUUGUUUUAAUACAGCACUGUAUCAUCAUGAAGUAAUAGCUCAAGCCUUUUGUGUUUGAUUGUAGAUAUGUGCGUAUUUCUCUGCACACCAACAAGGAUGGAAAGAUCCCGGUGAAAAAGUAGGUUACAGUGCAGUCAUGUGAAGGUGUAGGAUGGUUUAUUUGCACGGUAGAGUUUUUUUCACAUUUGUUUCUCAAUGUGUGUUUUUCUCAGUAUUUAUAAGAUGUUCCCUGCGGAUAAGAAGAGGGUGGAAAGUGCCUUGGCAGCAGCACACCUCCCUAAAGGAAAGGUUAGAAAAGAAAGACCUUUUUGUGGGUUGCUCGUCUACACUAAGUCCAUCUAUCCUUCAACAUGUUUACAGCAAUGCUUUAAUUUUUCUUUCUGUCACUCUAGUGGUUGUGGUUUAAUUAUUAGCGUUUAUACAGUGUAUAACAAUUUACCCUUUAAUGACAUUAAGAUAAGAGCAAAUAUUUAUAACUGUUUUUCAUCAGCAGAUCAUCAUGAAUCAUUUGAAAUAAUAAUAUGUUUGUUGUUACAUUCCAGUAUGACUCCAUAAAGCCUGACGUCUUCACUGAAGCUGCGUUCAGGACGUUUCUGUCAAAUCUCUGCCCUCGUCCUGAGAUCUAUGAGAUCUUCACGUCUUAGUGAGUCUUUACUGGCUGUGCUUCAUUUCCUCCUAAUAAGACUCAAUAAUCUAAAAGUUCCUAGAAAAUCUAUUUAAUUCAUUACCAUUUUGCUCUUUGUGGUGAAUACUUUUGUUAGGCAUAGAAACUCACUCAUCUGAGUUAUAUAGCCAGAAACAUGCGAUGGCCACAUGACAUGGGCUCAGGUGGCAUGAAUCAGGCCGUGAGAGGCAGUAUAGCAACAUUAUGUGCAGCUUUGGUGUGUUUGUCACGCGUCUUUGUGCACCACAGCUCCAACAAACCCACCAUGACGAAGGACAACUUCACCAAGUUCCUCAAUGAGAAGCAAAGGGACUCUCGCCUCAAUGAGGAGCUGUUUCCACGACUGCGGCAAGACCAGAUCAAGGCUCUGAUUGACAAAUAUGAGCCUCUUUCUGCUAAUGCAAACAGAAGUGAGAUUUAUUGAUAAAUGGUUUGUUGUUAGAAGAUUUAAGAGGUGUUUUUAUGUUGAUGUACUGUCUUUUCUUGUACCUGCAGAUCUGAUUUCUCCUGAAGGUCUCUUAUUCUUCCUGAUGGGACCAGAGACAACAGUGGUUAUGCAAGACAGACUGGCCAAGAGCCAAGACAUGACCCAACCCAUUCCCCACUACUUCAUCAAGUCCUCCCACAACACGUACCUGACAGGUCACAUAAACCACUCUGAUCUUUUUAGGUCAUAAAUUAUCUGAUCAGCACGAGUUUUCUAAACCUCUCCCCCGUGUCCCCGUGCAGCCGGUCAGUUCUCGGGCGUGUCCUCUCCGGAGAUGUACCGUCAGUGUCUGCUGUCUGGCUGUCGCUGUCUGGAGCUGGACUGUUGGAAGGGCAAACCUCCAGAUGAAGAGCCCAUCAUUACCCACGGGUUCACCAUGACAACCGAGAUCCUUUUCAAGGUGGUUACUCAUACUUUUGGGAACAUUUCCACAUUUCCCUCUUUCAUUUGACAUGAUGAAAUGAUGUCUUCCUGUCAAACAUGAGCUUUCUCAGUAGAUUUAAUAAGUGAUAUUUUUGUUUUACUGCUGGUAUCAGUUUUUGGAACAACUCUUUCAGGAACAUAAAACAAGACGUUUUAACAAUUUUAGAGACAGAACACAAUUACUACUUUCCUUCAUCUUUUUUUUUUUCAAAUAUUCUGCUGGAGUAAAUAUUUUAUACAUUUUGGGGAUAGUAUGAAUGACAGUAAAAACCAUUAAACUCAGAAAGUGAAUGGGUAAUUUAUUACAACUUUUUGGUGUGAGCAAAACCCACUUCUUGGGAGUACUUCUCAGCUGUAAUCAUAAAUCUUUGGCCUCUUCUCGUAAAAGAGACCGGCCUCACUUCCUCAUGAACAUGGUUUACCUCACUCCAGUAAGCCGUCCCCAUAUUUGCGUUUAUAAGAGGCUGACAGAAGAGUGCAGGCAUUCGCUCUGCAUAUGAUAAUCAGCCUUGAAAAUAAGUCAAUCCUUUGUCUUCAUGCCCAUGUGAACACUAGAGAGUAAAAGCAUGUGAAGGCUUACGGGUACACAAUAACAAACAGACAGACUCACAUAGACACACACAUACAGGCAGGCACACACAGUUCUUGUCUCAUACUCUUCCAUUUAAGGCAGCUGGAGCUCUGCUCUCCCCAGGGCCUGAACACAACACCUCACUUCAGUUUACUGUCAGCCUCUACAUGUGAGAGGUUCAGAGCUAACUGCAGGGCUUCUGCAUUCAAGUUUUGCACGUUGUCAUGCCGACUUUCUCCUAGUUUGGUUAUAAUUAAAAUGACCUCUUUUGCCUUUUUGUGCAGUUUUCAUGAUCUUGUUUGAUUUGUUCAUUCCCUCCAUUAUACCUCCCAUUGCUCUUUUGCCAGUCUUUGCUCGAUUUCAAUAAAAGUGUCCUUAAAUGUGUUAAAAAUGCCUGUCUCUCUUUGUCGUGUGACAGGAUGUGAUUGAAGCCAUUAACGAGAGUGCCUUUAAGACAUCACAGUACCCUGUUAUCCUCUCAUUUGAGAACCACGUCGACUCGUAAGACAUCUUUUUCCUCAACCUCAUGUCACAAAGUAUUACAAACAAUGAUAUUGUUUUUAAAGUGAAAUAUAGAUGGAAUAUAUGGUGGAUUUUUUUGUUCAGUCAGUGCAACACACAGUCACAGAUCUGCUCUGUUAAAGGGUGAAGCAGCAGGAGAAGAUGGCUAACUACUGCAAAUCCAUAUUUGGUGAUGCCCUGCUGACAGAGCCGCUGGACAAAUACCCUGUGAGUACACUGCAACAGCACAGCUCGCUGACAAAAUAAUAGUGUUAGAUAAAGUUUAUGUGCUGGGGAUUUGUCCAACAGAGCACUUUGUCUGAUAAGUAAAAUAACAGUUUGCUUUUUUUACUGUGAGACUCGGUUAAGUUCUGAGUAUCACUUUGGAGGGAAUGAAUACAAAAGUUAUUGUUUCAUGUUUGUCCUCUUUCUUAUCUUUGCAAGUCAUGACACUCCUAGGCUCCUGUACGUAUCUAAACCGGUUUAUAUCAGCUGUGAAUAUCUGUUUAUCCCCUCCCAGCUGUGUGCCAUGUGGUUUGUGUGCAUGUAUUUUUGUUUCUGAGGCAAAGAGAGGGCACAUUUUACUGUCUCAGAUAAAGUCGGGGCUGUCGCCAGGAUUUUUAGAAAAGCAGGGCUCUGACUGAGCAUGCAAAAAACCCGGCCAACUUAAAUUUUGAUCAUGAAGUAAAGAUAUUUGUUUAUGUUAUAUUCUGACACAAGGCGCUAAAUACACAUUCAAAACCCUCUCUACACUGCAGUGAUCAUAACUGUUGCAUAAGUAGUGUCUCCUGAAAGCUCCUGUUUUCAGCUGGUUAUGAAACAAAGUUGCUGAAAAUUAUAACGCCCUGAAAAACAAAACAUUUUUUUGAUAAUUACCUGGUAAUAGAUUAAUUUUUGCUUUGAAUACUAUUUGUGCUGCCUGACGUUCGACAAAAUCUGUAAAUCUGAGCAAUUUAAACAGUAACAAAGUGUAAUUAUUGACCCUUAUGGGUGAUUCUUAUUGUUCUCUCUUUUGCAGUAUAGUGUACUUUCGUAAUUUAUGCCAUAAACCUCUGCACAGUGACACUGGCAUGAACAUGUAUCUAAUGACUGGUUAGCCUAUCUUAGCUGUAAGACUGGGAACAGAUGGAAGCAGCAAACUUAGCUCUGCAUAGAGGUAAAAAGUUCACCAACAAACAUCUAUUUUGUGUCGAUACAAACCACUGAAAAACAGCAACAACAGAUGAAUGGAAGUUGUUGUUUUACUUUUUUAUUGGAGUGUGAAUAUUUUUUGAAAAUUCCUGCAGGAAGUUGUCAAGUUUUUGCUCAAUGUUUUCAGUCUUUGUGCUAAACUUGUUCUGUUAAAAGCUCUCCACAAACAAGACUCAAAUUGUGAAUUUAGAGGAGCUUGAUCUUAAUUUCCCUAAUGCUACUUCUUUACCACCCUGAACACAUUUUCUUUGGUUAUUUUUACUCCAAAGAAGCUUCUUAGAUGUCUCACUAUUUAUGUGUAAAACUCAGUUAAAGUCAGGCCAGCAGAUCCCCAGUCCAUCUGAGCUCAUGGGAAAGAUCCUCAUCAAGAACAAGAAGGGCAGCCAUGAAAAACCAGCCCAGAACAAGAAAACCAGCACAGCAGCCACUGACCAAACCACAACCACAGCUGCAUCCACCCAGGACCCAAACACCAACUCCCAGGACCCUGCUAACCCAGCACCCAGCACCCCAGAGACACAAGGUAGAUAAACUAGAACUGACUCAGAUUAACAGCAGGCCUGUUGAGUUAUUUUUAGCUAUGGCAGACAUUAUGUUUACAUGUUUGAGCAGAGGGGGACGCAGCUGUGGAGGACAACGAGGAGGUAGAAGAGACAGAUGAGCAGGAUGAAGAAAAAAUGAAGACGUCAGAUGAGGUAGAGUGAGCAGCUAACUGAGUGAUGGCAGUUUUAUUGUUGUACAUCAUCCAUGUCCUGCUAAAGCUGUUCAAACAUCAGUCAACUUCCUGUCAAUCCCCUACAGGGCACAGCUGGACAAGAAGUAACAGCAUACGAGGCCAUGUCAUCUAUUGUCAACUAUAUCCAGCCCAACAAAUUCAUCUCUUUUGACAAUGCGAGAAGUAUGGCUCCAUGUAUUUACCACUUUUUUAAAAAUCACAGGUGAACAAAUCAAAGUCAGCAUGAGUUAUGCAGUUCUUCUUCCCACUUGAUUCCUCCUUUACAGAGAAAAACAAGAGUUACGUCAUCUCAUCUUUUGUGGAGACCAAAGGGGAGGCAAUGAUUGCCAAGACUGCCAUUGAAUUUGUGGAGAAUCCUUUAAGAGUGCUGCAGAAAAAUGUGACCAAAAAUAUGUGUAAUUUAUAUGUUUGUAAGGAGUUCUUGUUUGCAUACAAGUAAAGAAUUGUAUGAGUGUUUCCUGAACCUCCUUUCUCAGAUAUAAUAAAAGACAGAUGAGCAGAAUUUACCCCAAAGGAACAAGAAUGGAUUCAUCCAACUACAGCCCACAGCCAUUUUGGAACGUAGGCUGCCAGAUGGUGGCGCUAAACUACCAGACAAUGGGUAGAAAUGCACACACAACACUCUAUAAGCGUUUGAAAUAAUAUCUUAUAGCACAUGUGAGGAUGAAACAGCUCCAUUUUUAUUUCCAUCACCACUUCACUUUGAUGUGUUGGUACAUUUUUGAGCCUGAGCUUCUGUGUUUGACCACAGCAGGUCAGUGUUGCACCUCUUUGUGCUGCACAGGCCUGUGCUCCACCGUGUGCUGAAGAGAGGGGGCAUGAAUAGGCUGUUUUUUUUGGUUCCUUUCUUGCAGAUUUCCCCAUGCAGCUGAACAUGUCUCUGUUUGAAUUCAACGGCAGAACGGGUUACCUCUUAAAGCACGAUGUUCUGCGGCGCAGUGACAAGAAGUUUGACCCUUUCUGCGACAGGAUUGACACUGUCGUGGCGAGCACACUGACCAUAAAGGCAGGUUCACCGCUUAGAUACUGCUGUUUUUUUCCCCUCUCUUAAUCCAUCUCUGAGGUGCUUGAAAUUCAUGCAAACUUAAUCCGAAACAGUUUAAUAAUUGAAUGACUUAAAAGCUGCAGGUAAAAUAUUAAAGUUGUAUUAUUUUUUACACAGCUUUAAAGGGUUCUGUUUAACAAACUGUGCAAAAUAUAAAAGCUUUUCUCUCUCUGCUCUACACUGAACAUAAAUUGGUCUAAAUGGCCUUGGGAAACCUGUGUAUGUUCAGUUUGCUUUCUUCUACAGCCUGUUUAGAGUCUGUAAUAAUUCAAGCUUCCUACUGAGAGUAAUACAUGGUUCCUGGUAUUAAGCCGACUCUGCAUGAGUCAAACCUGAACUCUAUUUAUAUCCACUGUGUCCUAAAUGUGUAUGUACGCACCACAGGAUGCAUCUCCAUCUAUCAUAAAAAAACAUAUGUGUCAUUAAAGCCUAUUCACCCGUCUCUCCAGAUCUAUUCAGGUCAGUUUUUGUCUGACAAGAGUGUGAAAACAGGAGUGGAAGUGGAGGUGAUUGGGCUGCCAGGUGACCCUAAGAAGAAAUAUCGCACCAAGUGGUCCACAACACCCAACGCCAUCAACCCAGUUUGGAAUGAGGAGCCUUUUGUUUUUGAGAAGGUGUGAAUAAAAACAACAUAUAUGUAGAAAAAAACACCUGUGUGCUCGUUACUGUGUUUUUGUGAGCUAAACUCUUUCAACACUCAGCUCUUAAUUUAUAUGUUGUUGUUGUUAUGAUGGACAGAUCCUGCUCCCAGAAAUGGCCUCUCUAAGAAUCGUAGCUCACGAAGAAAACGGUAAAUUCGUGGGACACAGGAUCAUCCCACUUGAUGCCAUCCAAUCAGGUAAGUGGUUAAAAAAAAGGGGGAAAAAAACACUCCAUGCUGCAUCUGAUCUACAUAAUUUAAACACCCCUGAGUCAUUCAAGGCCUCCGAAUGUUUGCUAAACUGUUUGUGCCACUUCUCUGGAUCAGAGGGAGCUGCUGCCUUUUUUUAAAAAAUUCUCCAGGGUUUGUUUUAUGCCCUGCAGGUUUCCAUCACAUCUGCCUGCGCAGUGAGAGCAACAUGCCGCUCACUCUGCCGGCUCUCUUUGUCUACAUCGAGGUCAAGGACUACAUUCCCGCUGCCUUCGCAGGUGCUUGGCUUUCAUCAUUUUGUGUUUUCGGAAAAGAAAAAUCUUUUGCAACAAAUGAAUGCAUGUUGUUUUUGAAUGUCAGUGAAGUGCAAGGUCGAUUUAGGUCGAAAUUUGGGGAGCUGAGUGGCAUUUCAUUUGUGCUUGUAUGGGUUAUUGUGCACUGAUGCUUUUGAUUCUACCCCAGAUUUCACAGACGCCUUAUUCAACCCAACAAAGGGCACAGAGAAAACAUCAAAGACUCCAAAAGAGGUAACAAAAAGCAGAUAAGGUUACUUCCCUUGCCUUUAUCUACUAAAAUGAAAUCGCAACAAUGUCCUCAGCUUUCCCUUAAAUCCUCAAAAGCCCUAAUCAGUUUCCUGGUAGAUGACCAGCCUUGUUAGGUUGUGAUGUUCCUGUCUUUUUUUUUUUCUGUCCACACAGUCAUCCUCAGACUACAUUUCCCCGUAUGAGUUGCCUCUUGUGGCCCAAACUUCUGUGGUCAAAGCUCCAGAAAGUGAAGCCCCAGCAGAAGGUAUAUGAGAUGGUAGAGUUGGGAGUUGUUUUUUUGUGAAAUAUAAGGGUCAAAUACGGCUCCUCAGCUGCUGUAUUUCAAAGUGGAACAUUUUUUUCUUUCCCUAGCAAAGGCAGAGCCCACACCUACACCACCUGUUGAUACUGGUGAACAGCCAGCCCCCGAGACAAAUACAGAAGAAGCUAAAGAAGAGUCAGAGAACAAGUCUGAACCUACAGAUGAACCCUCUCUACCUCCUAAGGCUGCUCCAGUUGAAGAUUCAUCUACAGACCAUGAAAAACCCACAUCUGAAGAACCAAUCCCCGAAGAGUCAACCCCUAAAGAGUCAACCCCUGAGGAUCCCGCCCCUGAAGACCCAGCCCCUGAGGGCCCAGCCCCUGAGGACCCAGCCCCCGAGGUCCCAGUCCCUGAGGGCCCAGCCCCUGACAACGAACCGGCCCCAGAACCUGAAGCAACUCCCGAAACCAAAGAUGAGUCUGUGGAGGACUCAACUACAAACCCAGAGCCUCUUUCAGAGGAUAAACCAGACACAGAAGCUGCUGAAGUGCCUGCUGCUGUGGUCAUUCCCAGUGUAGUGGCUCCACCUCCAGAUCCUGCAGGAUCAAAUGAGUCAGCUCAGCCGCCUACAUCUGGUGAAGGUAAUAAAGAGGUGACAUUACAUUAAAUCAGCUUGAAAGUUUUUUUUUGUUUGUUUGUUUUUUGUUAUAUACAGUAGAUUAUGGUGGCUGAGAACUGCAACUGUUGCAAAUAGAAAAGAAUGCAAAAAAAAAGAAUAAGAAUAAUAAAAAGAAAGCGAAGCACGGUGAAAAUAAAAAAGAAAUGGUGCAGAUAAAAUAAAAGCCACAACAGAAGUUAACAAUGCAAAAUAAAGUGGCGAUCCAAAAAAGAAAAAAAAAGUUACAUACUGCGGAAAAAAAGGAUGCAGAUAAAAAAAUGCCACAACAGACGCGAGCUGCUGGGGACCAAUAAUGAUGUUACACCGGUGUUUUACGAUCUAGGCAAACUGAAGCUAACACUACACCAACAUCCUCCAGUUCAACUUCAUAUCGACUCAGGAGCUACAUGGUCUAAACAAAUGACACAUUGAAAAGUACACAAAGCGAAAUUAAACAACAACCUUUCCACUUACUUCUUUUCUCGUCUCCUCACCGUCGUCUUCUGUGGCUAGAUCGCAAAACACUGGUGCAUCAUCAUUAUUGGUCCCUGGCAGCUCACUUCCAUUGUGGCUUUUUUUUAAUUUGCAUCCUUUUAUUUUCGCAUUAUGUAACUUUUUUUUUUUGUGAACUUCCAUUGUGGCUUUUUUUAUUUUAUUUGCAAUGGUAACUUCUGUUGUGACUUCUUUUUUUCGCAUUCUUUUUUAUUUGCAGCAGUGGCGGUUCUCGGCCACCGUAGUAGAUGAAUCAUAAAUGCGGCUCCACUGCAAUAAGACCAAUUCUUACUCAAAUGCUCUGUGUGUCUGUGCAGAGCCUUCAACUGUGCCCACUGAGGAACUGACACAACACAAGAACUACCUGAAAGUCAUCAAGCGUCAGGAGAGGGAGCUGAAGGAAGCAGAGAAAAAGUAUCAGAAAAAAGGAGAGGAACUGAUUCAGAAAUACUCAGACACCUUCAAGGCCAUAAAGAAGAAGGCCUCGAUGAAGAAAAAAGAGUGAGGGGAAAUAUUUUUCUUCUUUCUGGUGUCUUAAUGAUUUUCCAGAAUCAGUUCGGAAAGAAAUGUUUGACAAAAGAUAGUCAGAUAGUGUGGGUGGAGGAGGAGUGCCAUGUAAUGAAUUCGGAGUAUUCAGAGUACCAACUGUCUGCCCAAUUGUUAAUGUUCAGUAAUUCACCAAAACUGCAGUGAUUUCUGCAGAAUAUUUACACUGACCCACUAAUGGAAAUGUUGUUUUUGUCCAUGUCUGUAAUGAGAUUUCAUUUACAAGCAUGGAGAAUAUUCCUCAGUUAAUGUGUUUUUUAACUGAAGCUCAGCAUUAGAGGAUGAGAACAGCUAAAUGAAUAUGUGCUCCACAGGUAGACAGGCUUUCUGAGAAAAAAUAAAAAAAACCCCAUCAUAAUCAGGGAUAACGAGAAACACUGUUCAGAUUUCCAGUAACCACGCAGGUGCACAAUAAAAUGUGUUCUUUUCGCAGAGUUGAUAUAAUCCAUUUCCUUUGUGUGUGUUUUGUGAUGCUGCUUGAUGUUAUCUUUCCUGCAGGGGAGAAAAAAACUCUCCUGAGUCCAGCGUGAUGACGGAGCGGGUGCAGGAGCAGAAAGACAAAAUGCAGGUGGAGCUGCAGGCUCUGUGGACGGAGCAGUGUGAUCAGCUGAAGAAGAAGAAGGAGCAGUGCGCUACAGAGGUGAGAAAAGUACAGGUUUAUAAAAAAUAAACUUGAGUCCAGGCCAGUUUGUUGAGACUUCAGUUUAUAAAUUAAUACAAAAAAGAAGUAACUCAACAUGUGUAUUGAAAUAUUGUGCAUAAAGCAUUAUUUAUUGGCAUGGGGUCAAAUGGUUAAAGUAACGGUGUCACUUUGAGUUAAAAUCCUGCAGUGACUUUUAUUCAUUUAUCCAUUUUUCAUUUGUAUACUGUCUGUAAUAUCCAACACCAACAUGUAAGUGCCACAACACAGGGCAACUACAGAGCAAGAUAUUUCCCUUUGGCGAGAAACUUUGCUCAUACCAAAUGCUGGAGUUGCUCUGUCAGCAGGUUUUGUAUAUACACUUUGCCAACACCAUAGACAAAAACAACCUUGUUCAGUUUAGUCCACCUAAGAUUAAUUUAUGAGUUAAUUUGAUAGGGACCUUGCAACAAAACUGCAAAGCUGGUGAGUGAGGUAUAAACCUACUUUACAUCUGUGGAUCCUGUAGCCACAGGAGGAUCUAAAAACGUACAAUAUAAACUAAAAAUAGAUAAACUUCCUUAACAAUACGUUACAUAAAAACCUAUUUCAAAUUACAUCACAGAUUCUGUCUGUUGUGAAGAUUUCAUCUGGUUUGCUUUGAGCUGUGAUUUCAGAUUAGAGCUGGAGCUUUUGCAGAACUGUGGUUCACCUUUCAACAGCUCUAACUGAAAAUGCAGGUUAUCCAAAAGCAAUUUUCUUAAAUUUACUUCAAUAGUCACCUCUUGCAGAUGCUCUGGUCUCUCUAGUGCUGUCCCUGUAGAGGGACACAUAUUUUUCAAGGGGGCAGUGGAGUCUAAAAAUUAAUAAAUAAGCUACAUAUCAGCAAAACAAACAAACAAACAAACAAAAAACACUUACAGCCCUUUAAGUGCAUUUAUAAAGCUUUGUAAAUGCACUUAAAAUGCUUUAUAUCAACCCUGUUAAGUGAUUAUAAUCAUUUAUAUCAACUUACAGCAACAUUUAUAAAGUGUAUUUAGGAAUAAAUACAAUUUCUCAUGACAAUAGGAUUUAUUUUGUAUUAUACCUUACUUUGCAAUUUCAAACUAAGAGCAAGAUUUUGUCAGGUUUCAAGUACGCAUCAAACUACUGCUCCCCUCAAACCCUGUAAUUGGCUGUCUUUUUUACAUCCAGUGAUUCAUCCCAAAAACAGUAUCUAUUUCCAUGGCUUAGGCAGUGUUCACAUCUCCUCCGAGCACCUGGUAUCCCCACUCUGUAACUGUGUGUGGGACUACAGGCAAGCAGCCAGCGCUUUCGAGUCCCUAUUGAUUAAACAGCAGACCCAGGUGCUCAGGGGUGCUCUCAGCAUACGCUCUGAAUCUGCUUCAGAUGGAGGGGUCAAUCAGGUAAUUAUUCAAGGGCUGUCACCUCACUAGACUGAGUAUAAACUGUACCGUACAAAGUGAGAGUCAGCAUCCAUCUAACAUGCAGGUCUGGUGUCACGUCUGGAGCGAAAGUUCACACAGAUCAGCACAUUUGUUUGUGUUAGGGAACAAAAGCUUUAAUUACGCACAUGAUGGACUCAAUUCAGGGCAACUUAACUCUCAUUUCUAGCUUUGAUUUAACUGUGAUUGUGUCACUUCCUCCUUCUAUUGUGGCAGAGACUAGCCAAACUGUUGGAGAUGGCCACAGAGAGACACGCCAGUGAGCUGAAGACUCUUGAGAGGUGAGAGCACACAUACAACACAUUUGGGACAUGCUGUACACACUGAGAGAUAGACUCAGGCUCUACUGAGUCUGUGCAGUCUGUGCUCUGAGAAUCUGGCACAACUCGUUUGUGUUUGUAUUCUGAGAUGAAACAUUUGACAUUUAGGAAAGACAAUACCUCAAAUAAUGAAUGAAUCACCUUAAUGUGAGAGUCUGUCCUCGGCUGGCUUAUGCUGCAUCAGUGUGUGCAUCUUUGUGUGUGUGUGUGUGUGUGUGUGUGUGUGUGUGUGUGUGUGUGUGUGUGUGUGUGUGUGUGUGUGUAGUUGGCUUGUUAUCCUCACUUUACAGCUGGCAGAUGGUUAACUCAGGACAACCAUUAUCCAACAGGUGUUUAAACAGUGGUGGGGAAGCAGGGCAGCUUUGGUUGUUUACCUGUCCACACCAAUAUGAUAACAUCACAUUUAAGCCUUUCUUUACACUCUAAAUACAAAGUCACAAAUCAGACACGUACUCCUGUCAUUCUUGUUUAAAAGGGCUGACAUUGGUGUUUCUCAUUUCUAGAUUUUCAGUCAAACACAAGUCUUUACUCUGAGUUUUUUCUUCUUGUUUUGCAGUGAAUCAAAGGAGAACAAGAAGAAAAAUUCAAAAUGUUCAUCUUCAGAAAAAGCAAAGUGAGUUCACAGUGUGACCUUGCCUUCAGUAACUUUCUGUUUUUUCCACAUUGCUGUUCCUCUCAGCUUUGUCUGAAUUAAUCUGAAGUAACAAAUGACACAGAGCUUUUUUGCUCUCUGGCACAUGGAAUUGCACAUUAUGUCUGGCUAGAUAAGAUUACUUUAACAUUAUGUACAACAGGUCUGAUUGAAAUAUACUAACUUUCCCCUGAAGGCUAAAAAAAUCAAUGAGCACAGAGAUGCUGGAUGAGCCAAGUCAGACUGAUGCUCCUGUAAGUACUUUUCUUAACUUGUUGAAUGUAACACAGUUAGUCGCAUUGUACUUAAAUGUUGGCAGUGGUUGAGUAGUUUGGAACAUAGCUGUCAAGUAUCUCGUUUUGGCUGGAAACUAUCGUAUUUUGCCCCUCUUUCCUGGCCUGGCUGUGUCUAAUGUAUGUGUGGUGUGUGUGUGUCGCCUAUCUUGUAAAUUAGGUUUGCCACCUCACACUCCCAAUUGGCUGCUCUAACAGCCAACUGGGGGCUCGUUCUCGUAGUACUUUUUCCUCUUUGUGUUUUUCUUGCUGUCUAUAUGUUCAUGUGGCAUUUUUCUGAUGGUAGAGAACAUACAAUUUGAAAACUAAAAGCGAAAAUGCAUUUCUGAGUAUUUCUGCAUUUAAAUCGCUAUAAGCCUCUGGCAGACCUAAACGGCAGGUUCAGACACAGUGGGAUUCAUAACUCAGAGCUCUGCUAUGCAGGCCAGACCCUGUGAAGUUAGAGAGGACGAUUGUGGAACAAGUGUGUGGUAGCAGAUUGCAAUGCAUCAUGUCCCCAAAGACAUUAGUGUCUAAAAGCUGAAUAGCUCCUAUAAUACCCGCAACUUCUGCUGCACCAGCAAUGUUAGGUUACAAGCUAGCAUGAAGAGGGGCGAAUUGCUAAUGAUCUACUGGAGCUCUGGUGAAGAAAAGCACUUGAAAAAGAAACAGGUUAUGUGAUUUUGGCUAAAAACUUCAUAAUCACAAUUUAACAACCACCGAGAACACUUUAAGUUGUAAAAAAAAAAAUACGAUCAGAGUGGGACUUUAAAUAUUUUUCAUGGAGUAGUGUGUUUUGGCACAUUUUACAGUGCACCGGUUACUGAAUACAAAAGAAGUGAAAAGCAUAAACAUACAAGCUUUCUAUCAACAGCAUAACUGCCAGCUGAUUGGUUGAUAUCUUCUACUCAGCAGAAUAAAAUAGGGAACGCACGUGCUUGAGUUGAAUACAAUAAGAAAGGCCAGGGUCAGUAACUCAUUGGAUGAACAUUGCUUUUAUAUGUGUAGCACUCAUUUCCAACUAUAAUAAACUAAACUACAAACUACUAUUUGAUUUUCAACUGAAUAUGAAUAUUUUAUGUGUAAAAACUAGGCUUUUUCUGCUGCUGCUUGACCCUUACAGCAGUUUAAGGCAUUAAGAAUUACAAUACAAAAGCAAUAGUCUUGCCAGUGAUGACCUUGCUUGCUUUUGUUUAUCAUACAAGGGCAUCAAUGUGAAUUUCAGUCUAUUUUAUAAACGUAAAAAAGUCCUCAUUGGAGUAUGAAGUACUUUUUGCUUUUACUCGUGUAUUUGCAGACUGUGAGUUUUACCUCUACUCAAGUAGAAACUUUAUCAAAGUAAGAGUAGUUGCACUUAAGUAGAAUAUUUUAGUACUCAGGUUUCAACUAUUUAUGCUAGAUUGAGCUAAAAUAAACUAACCAGCCAACAGCUGUAGCCUUGUAUUUAAUAAACAGACUUGUGUGAGGUAACCAACUUCUUAUUCAAGCCUUGGUAUGAAAGAAAACAAGCUUAUGUCUAAAAAUGUCAUACUGUUAUUAUUCAUGUAGAUUAAAUCUCUAAAGAAACAUCCUAGUUUCACUAGAAGUCUGAUCAUCUAACGUUCCUUCAACAACAUUAAUGUCUCAGAACACAGAGACCAUCCACCAUAGUCCAUUCAACACAUUUUGUACUCAAUGGCGUAACUAUGGUUACCAAGAAGCAGCAGGUGUCUUGAGCUGGAAGAAAAAUAAAAAUAUCAGACAUGUCAAAGGAUUCUUUCAUACAUCUGCACACAUGUUCACACACCCUCCCACGUGCAAAUAACAGAUACACACAAACACGUGAGUACACCUACUCGUUCACCCUGUAACAUCCCACUCUCUGUCUCUCUUUCUCACACACACGCACGCACGCACGCACGCACGCACGCACGCACACACACACUCUUAAUUGGUGGGGAAAGUGCAGCAGGUCAUGUCCAUAAGCCACGCCUCUCCAUUACUCAGAAGCUGAUAACAGAGCAGACUAAUUCAUACAUGUGCAGCACUGAGCACUUCUCUCGCUCCUCUCAUCAACAUUCAGACCUGCCGUAUUUGGGUUAAAGACUCCACUGCUUCACUUGCUAUCUGCUCCUUUACUCUCUGUCUGGAGUGCAGCAACCCUCCUCAUCCUUUUGUAAAUCAUGGUCACAUUGCAAACGCUCAUUUUGCUCUCCUUAAUCAGCAUUUCCAAUUAAUUACUGCAACUAUUUAUACCGCAGUCACCUUUUUAAUCAGCCUCUGUAUUGAACAGCCAAGUGCUAUCAGGGCUCUGUAAUCAAAUUGGACAGGCCGAACCUGUUAAGGCUUCAAAUGUAUUGAUUCUCCUGCUCUGGUUGCAUCCCUCGGGUGCUUUUCUCUCUAGAUAAACAUAGGUAUACACUCACGGGGAGAAACAUGAGCAGAUGAACUGCUUAUAGACAUGCAAACAGUCUGUAUCUCUCACUUGAUACCACAUGUGCACACAUACACAUAAAGACACUCAAGCAGGCCUCAGAUUGAUGGUGUUUUCAGCAGCAACAUAGUGAAUUUUUUUCUUUGUUGUGUUGUGACAGUCUACAGAUUACAGCCCACAGCAAGAGGCUCUGAUGAAGAAACAGGCUUGUACCCUGGAGGAGAUAAAGUCCCUGACCAAUCAGGUACAAACACUGACACCAACUUGCAUUUUGGCCGUCUAUGAGGACACUGAAACAUUUCUUUAUUUUCUAAAAACAAACUGAAAAGCUGAAUAUUGAUGUAAAAAAUCCUGAAUAAUUACUUAAAGUGGGGUCUUAUGCACACUCUAGUAAGCAUCUAAAUGGUACUGCAAACUGUAUUUAAUCUAUAUCUGCCAUUUCAGUGAUAUUUGAUUGAAUUUGUGCAUGCCUUUGCUCAAGUAGGAAUACACAACCUGCAGCUUUUUGACCAUUAACACCCUGCUGAGAGCAUUGCAGUAUCGAGUAUUGACUGCAAUCGAUUAUUUACUUCCUGAGUGCGCAAUAGACGGUCCUUUAUCCAGCUGCAGGCAUUGAGCUUCAGUUCAGACAUUUAGCAUUACAUUUACAGCAAUUUCAAAAACCUCAGGCAAUCAUCAUCUAUCAUUAUUCGACUCUAAAACUGUGUUUGCCUCAGGGACUGGACGCCAACUCCUGAGUAAUUCUGGUGUAGCCAGUGUUGCACUCAACAGCUUCCAGUCAAGAGCUUCUUUUUAGUGCUGCAAUGUCUGCCAUGUAAACACCACCUGUCAUUUCUUAGUCCAUUAUGUCCCCCUGCGUAGAACCCAUUCAAGUGUCUGUAAGUCUCUGUUCGACAGUAGACACACAACAAUUCACUCUGGUAAAAACCUGAACAAAAAAAUCUACUUUUUUUGAUUAACUGACAAUUUACAGGUCGUAAGUUUUUCAAGAAUAACAAAAUCCUGUAAGAUUUUGAUAAAGUAUGUCAUCGCUUGGUGGCUUUUGAUUAUACCGUAUUGAGCAGAUUUUUCACUACAGAUUGUUUCUCAGCUGCACUUGCAAGCGGAUGCCUGUUCAUAGAGACAAACUGAUAGUCAUCAGAAUAUUGCAUUUGUGAGCCAGGAGGUCAUAUGGCGUAUACAGUACUUUGCUCUCCACAUGGACUGGAAAUGAACCUUCUUUUUUUUAGAUUAAUGUCAAUUUUUCUUUAGAUUUUAGUGGAUGCUCAAUAUUCCCAUCGGCUUUAGUGAGAUUAAGUAAUAGCCUCUUGAAGUACUGGCCAACUUUAUGGGGCUACAGGUAUGGCUAGAUGUUGGACUUCUGGUUAAGACUGUGUUUCCUGUGCUGACUAAGUCGUAAUAGGUGAUUGCUCACCUUGUAAAUUUGACAAGAAUAUGGUUCCACUUUUUUAUAUAGCUGUUAGUGUGACUCGCUCCCCCAAAGAUCUGUCCUUAUACUAUGAUUGAAAUAUUCUCAAAUCUUUCAAACCAUGCCAACAACAAGACUCUGCUAUUUUCAGUGCUUCUACGUAAUAAUGAGGAGUGACACAUACACUGAGAAACCACUGACCACGCUCCCGCCGCUGUAAAUGAUGUCAGAGCUUUUUUAUGACAAAGUUUUGCUUUGAAUGGGUGAAAUGCUGGCAGUUAGUAAUGAGAGAAAGAGGUGUGAGAUCGAUAAGAGGUUGACGCUUGAAGGCCAGAUGGACGUGUGUGUUUUUGUGUCUCAUCGAUCAUAUUCACUUACAAAUUCAGUUUUGAUACUCUAGGAAGAAGUGGGAGGAAUAUCAGUGAGAGAUACAAAAUUAAGGGACAAAUAAAAACAACUUUUGUGAUUGAGCCAUUUUCUUUGGAACGGGGACAUUUUUAAAUAAUUAGACAAACAACCAAAAAAAAUAUAUUGUUGAGUCACUCUUAUUUGAAGUCAGUCAAUCCACAAAUCUGUCUUCUAAAGAUUAUGACAAAUGCCUGGACAAGAAAAGAAACUUAAAAAGCACAAAACCACAAGUUUCUAACCUCAACCGACCUUUGUGUCUGCAGCUCAAUCAGGAGGCCCUGAAAGAGCACGCUCAGAAAACCAGGGCUUUGCCAGCAGAGGUGAGGGAGGCUGUCAAUGUAUGUGUGGGGGCUCACUUUCCUGAACUGGUUGACCAGGCUGGAGGCAAGAGGUUGGAGGGAGUGGGCUUCUACGGGGAUGUCUUCCUGGGUUAG